AUGGCGGACCUGGAAGCUGUACUAGCUGAUGUCAGCUAUCUCAUGGCUAUGGAAAAAAGCAAGUGCACCCCGGCUGCGAGAGCUAGCAAGAAGAUCGUUCUACCCGACCCCAGGACUUCAUCUAUUUCGGACUUCAGAGCUCCCUGUACUAGGGGCAUCUGGAGCGACCCAGGGAGGGAUAUUUACCUGGCCAACCUCUCCUUGGCAUUACACCUCGCAUUCCACUGA